GAGCCCGAAGGGCGCUUUUCCCCGCCAAAUAUAAAGCGGGCUGAAGUCUCCACUCCCCCGCGACUCCCUCCGGGCCCGUCUUCUCCAAGCCGCGGAGAUGAGAGCGGGCGGGACGCGCGCCAGAGACGGUCGCUCCAAGGGCCGCGCCAGGCGCCUCCCAUAAGCAGCGAGGCGGGUGGUGGAGGGCGCCUGCCGGAGAGCGCGCUUCAGCCGGGAGGGGAUACGCCUCCUUUCCCCGGACUCUUCACCGCCGGCGAUGUUCACCAGGGCGGUGAGCAGACUCAGCAGAAAGCGGCCUCCGUCAGAAAUAACUGACAAUGACAGCAAGCCAUGUACUAGCCAUCAGACACUCAACGGGACCACAAGAUGGGCUCAGUCACUGGAAAGUUUGCUGGAAGAUCGAGAAGGUGUAAAGAAAUUUAUGGACUUUUUAAAGAGAGAAUUUAGUGAAGAAAAUGUUUUAUUCUGGCAAGCUUGCGAAGAGUUUAAGAAGAUACAAGAUGAAAAACAGAUUUUCAACCUCAUGAAAUAUGACAGCUACAACCGCUUCUUGAAAUCAGAUGUGUUUCUUAAAUUGAAGGAAACUGAAGAACAAGAAGAAAAUUCACCCGAUCCUCAGACUGCAGCAAAAAGAGCUUCUAUAAUUUAUAAUACAUGAUUGUAUCCACAUAUUUGGAUACAGUCCAAAUAACAACAAUCCAUAGGUCAUAUUGAGACUACAAUCAAAGUAAAUCAGUACUCAGGAAUAAUCUUUGUGCUUAAUACAGAUGCAUUUAGAGGCUUGAAUAGUAUAGAAUCCUAUUAGAUAAAACUUACAUUUUGGUUGCUUCAGUGGCUUGAUUCUUGCCAGUGCUUGCUUCUAGAUACAAUGAUUAAGGAUAUGACAGCCCUUGAAAGACUGAACAAUUUGUAAGUUCUUGCAAAUUGCCUCUCAUUUUUAAAAAAAAAAUAUAUUUACUUGUAAAUCAUUUGGUAGUGGAGUAUGAUAAAUGUCGCAUUAAAAAGUAAAGCAAAUUUGAAAGUAGAGAUAAUAAAAGGCAAAGGUUUCCCUGUCCACUUGUUUCUGACUCUAGGGGGCAGUACUCAACUCCAUUUCUUAGCCAUGGGAGCCAGUGUCUGAAGACAUUUCCAUGGUCAUGUGGUCAGCAUGACUAUAUGCCAAGGCUCAUAGAGCACUGUUACCUCCCCAAUAAAAUGGUACCUAUUUAUCUACUUGCAUUUGCAUUCUUUGCAAGUGCUGGGUGGGGCAAGUAAUGUGAGCUCACCCUGUGCAAUGCUUGGGUCUUGAAAUUAGGCCAUCCAGCUGACAUGCUCAACCUCUUUAACCUCUGAUCCAUUGCGUCCCAGACUUUGAAACACUCAUAAAGUUUUGUCUAACAGAGACUUUCCGAAAAUAUCUUCUUGUUUUAACAACUGUGUGAAUUGAAUUAAUCAUAUCACUUUAGGUAUCCAAUCCAUUGAUGGAGCAGAUAAAGAUAGUUUAUAGUAGCUAUUUUGCUAGGACUUUUGUCUUCAAAAAGUGCCUCCUUGAUCCAUUUUAUAGUGUGUUUUUCUAUUUAAAACUAAGGGAUCUAUUUACAGGUAAAUCUACUACAGCAGAUUUACCUUACAAUACCUUCAUCUUUAAAAUACCUAUUCUCAGUAAUGAAACAGUAUAGACAAAUCUCAUAACAAUUCAACAUUGAGAUUAUGCCUACAGAGGCCAUUUUUGUCUUGGCUGUCUUGAAAAUAUUUUUUUUCAGAAAUUAUGAAUAUGGAAAUGCACUGGUAGAAGUACGGACUUAAUGGAAAAAUGUGGGCUGUGUAUGAGGUUAAAGAGCAGUUUAUGGCAAGAAAGAAAUCAAACAUUUAGAAAGAAAUUGUGCUUCAUUUCGCUCUCCUGCUUUUUAAAUCACAUUUCAAAUAUUGAUAAUGCCAAUGAAGUUGUGUAUGUUAGUAUGUGUGAUAGUAUUUUAUAUUUGAUUAUGCUUGGGGCAUUCCUUCUUCAUGCUUGGGACUGAAGCAUAGUUCGUUAAUGUUUUGUCAUCUAUAGAAAAUUGAAGUACAAAAUUAAUAAUGAUAAUAUGAUUGCAAACCUAAACCAAAAGCCUCACUCUUGUUUUUCAGCUGUAAUAGCUCAGGCAAAGAAUCUAUUUUUAGUUUAAUUAUUUUUGUUUUAAUAUUCAUUUCCCCAAAAGUAAUUGCAGUGCUGUUAAACAUGACGAAACAAAUUGGGUCGUACGCUUCAUUUACAAGUUCUGCUUGUGAAAUGUAAUUCUGGCUCACAAAUUCUAUUUGCUUUUUAAUCUUUGUAUGGACUACUUUGUUGUUCAAUUUAACUCUAAAUAUUUGUAAGUUUUGUUUAUUUUGGCAAGUAGGACACAUAAUUUUUCUUUCUAGCUUUAUUCUCUAGAAGUAUUAGUCAUAAUGUAUAUUAGGAAGAGAUAAGAUGCUUGGGUCAGAUAACAGCUAUAUUCUGUUUUCAUCUUAACACAGAGAAUUGUGGUUGAACCAGCAAUUAAUCGGUUCUCCCUCAAAUCACUGUAUAACCAAGAAUAGCAUUUGUAGAUGUAGACAGUAAUCUCCUGUAAGUUCAGUUCAAAAAUGUCAACAAUUUCUUCGCCUUAGGCAUAUCCUUAAUGCCUUAUUGAUUUAAUUGUCUUUCUCUUAUACUUACUCUUAUAAUAAAGGGCAAAGUGAGUAGGAGAAAUCUUCUGUAGAUUAUAUAUAUCUUACAAAGGUAAUCAUGUCUGCAGAAGAUGUGGGUUUUCAAGGAUGAUUCAGGAAACAGGAAAAGGGCCAUUGUUUUUUCUAUUUCCAUGAACCACACUGAGACUAGUUUUACUGUUCAUGAUAAGCCAUUGUUUGUUUGUUUUAAUCAUCUUUAAUAUAUUUAAAUGAUAGGAUAUAUACAUUAUACUAAACCAUAAAAGCUGAAUUCACUGUAUGCCAAAAACAAAUAUUAAUAUCAAAUGGUAUGAUGUGUGGACCAUCCUAGAAGGAAGGAUAAAAUACCCUGGGAUAAGUAUUGAGGCUGAAGCUAACAAAGGUUUGAAGUAAGCGCCUGAAAUAAGAUAAGAUCACUAUAAGAUGGUCUUUAACAUCCAGAGCUUAUAGCAAUAGCAAUAGCAGUUAGACUUAUAUACCGCUUCAUAGGGCUUUCAGCCCUCUCUAAGCGG